GUGAAAUGGAGGCGGGUUUAGCGAUUUAUUGAAGUGAAAAUGGCUACUGUCAUCAGAUUCUACAAAAGCCGAAUCUGUUUAUAAACCGCGAAAAAUCAAUAUAGUUUUUAUUUAGUUUUAUUAUUUUAUAUUUUUAACAGUAAAAAACUUGUUUAAACGAAAUUUGUGUUGCCAGCUGUAAAUUAAAAGUUAUCAAUUUCAUAAGAUUUUUAUAUAUAAAUGAUUGUCAUAUCCGAAUGGGUUGUAGCUAUAGUUUAGAAGAAAGAGAAGCUAAUUCUCGAAGUAGAGCGAUUGAGAAAACUCUCAAACACGAUGGAGACAAAUCAGGCAAAGAAGUCAAAUUACUUUUACUAGGAGCAGGAGAGUCUGGUAAAAGUACGAUUGUCAAGCAGAUGAAAAUUAUUCAUGACAAUGGCUUCUCAGAAGAAGAGGUUAUUCGGUAUAAAGCCAUAAUCUUUAGUAAUACUGUUAUGUCUCUUAUUUCAAUACUUAGAGCUAUGGAAAAAUUAAAUAUUUGGUUUGGAGAUGAAGCAAGGCAGAAAGAUUCAUCAAUUUUGUUUCAAGUUGCACUACGUAAUGAGGAGUCUUUGCCAUUUUCCCCAGAAGUUCUUAAAGCUAUGAAAAAUUUAUGGGCAGAUGAUGGUGUCAUAAAAUGUUUUAAAAGAAGUCGUGAAUACCAGCUUAAUGAUUCAGCUCAAUAUUACCUGGAUGCAUUAGAUAGACUUGGAGAUCCGCAUUACAAGCCCACUGAGCAAGAUAUUUUACGAACUCGUGUUAGAACUGCUGGUAUUGUAGAGACUCAGUUUUCCUUUCGGAAAUUAAAUUUUAAACUCCUUGAUGUUGGAGGACAGAGAACUGAGCGUAGAAAAUGGAUUCAUUGUUUUCAAGAUGUCACUGCUAUUAUAUUUUGUGCUGCAUUAAGCUGUUAUGAUUUGCGUCUUGCAGAAGAUGAUGUAACGAAUCGAAUGAUUGAAAGUUUGAAGUUGUUUGAUUCAAUUGUAAAUAAUGACCAUUUUAUAAGCACUUCUGUAAUUUUGUUUCUUAAUAAAAAAGACUUGUUUAAAUUAAAGAUACCUCAUUCUCCAUUGACAUUAUGCUUUCCUGAAUAUACAGACAAGGUCCAUUCCUCAGAAAUGUUUUGUUUUGCUACUAAGUUUGAGCCUCUACUCCAUGUAAGGUCAAAAUGAAUAUGAAGAAGCUUGCGGAUACAUUAGACAAAAAUUUUUAGAUAGAAAUCGAAAUGAAUCUAAAGAAAUAUAUGUGCAUUUAACUUGUGCAACAGACACUGCUAACAUCGAUUUUGUUUUUAAAGCAGUUACCAAUAUGAUUAUUGCCGCUAAUUUAAAAAAAAGUGGUUUAACGUAGGUGAAACGUCACAAUUUGCAAAAAUAGAGAGAUUUAUAAAAGUUUUUCUGAAAUAAAUAUAAUGGAGAUAAAUAUAAUGAUCAAUUUCAGAGGUUUAAAUCUAUGAAAAUGAUAAAAUCUACGCAUGAAAAAAGUAGUAAUCGUCCUCUUUUUUCGAUCUGGUUGGAGGAGUAAAUUUUUCAAAUAAAAUAAUGAAAAAAAUAGCAAUUUGAACUGGACAGCUCUUCGUUUAGACUUGCAAUUCUAUUUGCCUUAGCCAAAUGUUUUUCACAUUUUAUUUUACAAACAGUUAGAGACUUGAAACUAAUAAAUUUUCCCUAAUGAAUUGAGCCGACAAGUAAUUAAUUAUACGUUUUUAUUCAAAAGCCAUAUUUCUUGCUGUUUUGUACUUUUAAACCCCUUCUAAUUUUUAGUUUUUGAGUUUUUUCUAUUUUAUGUAAUUACUGGUAAUUGUUAUGAUAUAACUAAUAUACUCUAUAUUAUAAUUAGUUAUCGAGUAUUGUAUAUAUUGUCUACAGAAACUUUAUUAAUUAGUUAUCGUGUAUUGUUUGUAUGAAACUCAAAUGUCUAGAAGAUAUCUAAAAAUUUGAACAAAUACGAUUUUUUAGAAAGCCAUCUUCUAAUAUAUAUUUUAUGACUAAUAUGGAAUUUUUUUUUUUUUUUUUUCUUGAAAGAACGUUAUAUUUGAGUUUCUUUCAGUGCAUUUUAUACGUGAUUUUUAAAAAAAUAAUAAUAUUACUCUAAUUU